GCAAUGGGCCCCCUUUUCGCAAGAGGGCCGCAUGAAUCCCAUCCGGACCCGGACUCUUGUACAUUUCGAAGGAGUCCAGGAGUCGGGUGAUGCGCCAGUUCGAAUUUCCUUCGUCGAAAACAACAAUAGCUUCUACCUUCAGCUGUACGCGCUCACGUAUGAGACUAAUAGUAUCCUCCCUAGGUGGAACCCUCGCGAGAUGCGUCCCGCCCAUCGAAAGCGGCCGGAGACAUAUGUCAAAUUUCAAUUGUCGAAUCAAGGGGAUAAGACAGUAGGACAAGUGUUACCAUUACUGAAUGCUAAUGCUGCUGAGUCUGACCCACCAGCACUAUUGGGGGGCCUUGGAAUUGCAUACGAUACCAGAUUUGGGGGGAUGAUUUCGCCGAAAAUUAAGGGCUUUGAUUUCCCUUUUAUAUUUGAAAAACUCGAGAAGGAAACAUGAUAAAUAUAAGAUGUACCCAAAUAUUCUACAAUUGCGAUAGUGAUUGAUUAAAUAAAUAAAUAUUUUCUUCAAGUAAGUGA